AAGGAAGAAGAAGCGAGAAAGGAAAGGUAUUGAGAUACAGUAAAUGAAAGAGUAAUUCCGAAUCAAGUAGUGAUUAACAAGAAUCAACAAUGGAGUGUAGCACUCAUGUCUCACUCACACUGUAAAAUUAAUUUUUAACAUCUCUCUUAUUUCUGUAUGAAAUUCCAUUUCCGAAGCAUUUCCGAUCCAGAGAAAGAGAACCCUUUGUGACAGCUGUAUCCAGAGAAAGAGAUUUAUAGAUUAGAUUUUUCGUGUGGUAAUUGGUUUCUCUCUUCGCAAGUGGCGAGAUCCAUCUCGCUCCCACUCGCUAGGGUUUUUGAUUUCGCGAGAUGGCGACUUCAUCUUCUUCUUCUUCAGCGUCGACGUUGUCUACGAGUUCAAGCUGGCGCGAAGGAAUGUCCUCCGAUAACGUUAAAGGUUUAGUUCUUGCUCUUUCUUCGAGUUUCUUCAUCGGUGCUAGUUUCAUUGUUAAAAAGAAAGGUUUGAAAAAGGCCGGUGCAAGUGGUGUUAGGGCAGGAAGUGGAGGCUACUCAUACCUGUAUGAACCACUUUGGUGGGUGGGCAUGAUAACAAUGAUUGUUGGAGAGAUUGCCAAUUUUGCAGCAUAUGCAUUUGCUCCUGCUAUAUUGGUCACUCCUCUUGGCGCUCUUAGCAUUAUUAUCAGUGCUGCUCUUGCCCAUAUUAUCUUACGGGAGAGACUACAUAUCUUUGGAGUUCUUGGUUGCGCUUUGUGUGUUGUGGGGUCUACAACAAUUGUUCUACAUGCUCCUCAAGAAAGGGUAAUUGAAUCAGUGCCAGAAGUGUGGGGUCUUGCUAUGGAUCCAGCCUUUCUCUUUUAUGCAGCAUUGGUUAUAACAGCUACUUUUAUUCUUAUCUUCCACUUCAUUCCUCUAUAUGGCCAGACACACAUAAUGGUUUAUGUUGGUGUCUGUUCCCUUGUGGGUUCCCUAUCGGUUAUGAGUGUUAAGGCUCUUGGAAUUGCCAUAAAGUUAACUCUGUCUGGGAUGAAUCAGCUAAUUUACCCUCAAACUUGGGUAUUCGUGUUAGUUGUAACUGUUUGUAUUCUUACACAAAUGAAUUAUUUAAAUAAGGCGCUGGAUACUUUCAAUACGGCAGUGGUAUCUCCCAUUUAUUAUGUUAUGUUCACAACAUUAACCAUUGUGGCUAGUGUUAUCAUGUUUAAGGACUGGGAUCGGCAAAGUCCAACUCAAGUUAUCACAGAAAUAUGUGGAUUUGUGACAAUACUUUCAGGAACUUUUCUUCUGCACAGAACUAAGGAUAUGGUGACUGAUGGUUCAUCUAUCAUUAAACUUAAUAAGCACUCAGAAGAAGAUGUCUUUGAUGACGUUGAAGGGAUUCCCCUUAGAAGGCAAGAUUCGAUGAGAGCAGCCCCAUGAUAUAUUCUUUGCUUCACAUGUUGAAUAUCUCAACAGCUUCAGUUUGGAGUGGAUGGAUGAGAGCUUUCUGAUCUUGUCUUGUACACUUCUCUACACUCCAUACUGAAGACAAACACCAAUGUAAUUUUCUGCACGCUGAUUAUAUAUAGUGUACCCCAGUUAAAUGAAAGUAUUGACCAUCAAGUUUUGAA